CUAAACCCUUUGUAGUUUAUUGUGUUGACCUUCACUUUAAACAGCCAUGUUAACAUUACAUAUGAACGGUGACAUGACGGAGGACUCAGGUGACAACGCUGAGAUGGACAUGGACAGUCCUGCCAAACUCAUCGCUCAGUGCUGCAAUGAGCAGACCGAGAAGAUCUGAGAUGAUCCAGAGGAAGCUAUGAUGAUGACGGAGGAGGAGGAGGAGGAGGAGGAGAAGGCUUGUGAACAGGCUACCGAUCUGAACUCGUCCUCGUGUCUCACAUCGGCACAGAGCAGCAAUGAGGCCAUCACUCUGGCCUUUUUUGAUGGGAUGGAUGUUGCAGAGGAAGCCAAGUCAACAUCAGAGGAGAAGAAUACAACAGAGCUGGAUGAUUUGCUGGACUCUCUGCAGCAUCUGCAGCUGCGUCUGACGGAUGCUGAGAGUCAGCAGGACGUUGGGCUGCUGCUGGAGCUGCUGCUUCAGUCAGAUUUCCAGCAGGCGUUCAUCAUGCACCGCAGCGUGGCUCAGAGCAUGAGACGCCUCUGUCCGCCAUUCCCGCUCACCGCACACGCACAGCAGCUCAGAGACGAGAAUGUCCUGCAGUCUAGUAAAUAUAAUGAAGCCACAGAACUCACAGGCCUGCUGACGUCACCACACCUUCAGGCCCUGAUGGAAGCUCAUGACUGUAUUACUGAACAGGAAUUAGAUGUUGAAACUACUGAAUCAGUGGGCCAGGAUGAAAAGACCACCAAACUGGUUUCCCUGGAGAAAACUCGUGACAUGCCUCUGGGCGUGACCGUUCGGAAUGAACAUGAUCGCGUGGUCAUCAGUCGGGUGGUGAGCGGCGGGACUGCUGAGAAAAGCAACCUGCUCAGUGAAGGAGAUGAAAUCUUAGAGAUCAAUGGCAUCCCAAGCUUCCAGCAGCACAGAGAAGCUAUGAAGAAAACCAUCACAGACAGAAAUCAAGAGUAUAAAGGGAAACUUUGGCGUGCAAAGAAAAGCCAAAAACAACGAAAAAAACUCUUGUUCAACCCAAGUAAGAAUAUCGAGCACUACAGCGAGGAUAUCCUGACCUAUGAGGAGGUGGCACUUUACCAUCAGCCACCCAACUGCAAGCGUCCCAUCACCCUGAUUGGACCACCCAACAGCGGACAUAAUGAACUGAGACAGAGACUGCUCUCCUUAGAGCCUGACCGAUUCACCGGUGCUGUUCCACACACCACACGAAACCCCCGUGCACAUGAGGUCAACGGCAGGGAGUACAACUUUGUAUCACGGCAGAGCUUUGACUGUGACCUGGCUGCAGGGAAAUUCAUCGAGUCGGGCGAGUUUGAACAGAACCUGUACGGCACAAAUACAGAUUCAGUCAGACAGGUUGUCAACUCAGGAAAAAUCUGUUUGCUGUGUCUGCAUCCCAGGUCCCUGCGACUGCUGUGUUCCUCAGAUCUUAAACCGUACAUCAUCUUCAUCAGGCCUCCUCCUCCUCCUCCUCCUCAGGAGCGAUUCUCCACCCUGCUAACCAGAGGAGUGAAGAAACACAUGCCCGAGGAUGUGAGAGAGACCUUGGAGAAAGUGCGUGAGAUGGAGCACAGCUACAGUCACUUGUUCGAUGCAGUCAUCACAAACAUCGAGCAGGACAAGAGUGUCUCUGAGCUGCUGAGACUCAUUGGCAAACUGGACAUCGAGCCGCAGUGGGUCCCUUCAGCCUGGGACAGCUAAACAACACUUUCAGUUCAGAAGAAAUUAUGUGUUUUCACUGUUGAAGGCUAGAAUUGCUCUGAUGAGGAGCAACAAGCGGUAUGUUUGAAAUGGCCACCAUACUGCUCAUACUGUUUUUGCAGUAUGAAUAUUGUGCACAGUGUGCUUCCUUUUGUGUGUGUCUACUUGUUAAAGGAAUAGUUCACCCCAAAAUGAAGAUUUGCUGACAAUUUUCUCC